AUGUGGAUUCUACCUCUUGUCGGCUACAUAGGAACCCUCCUGGGUUUCUGCUUCUUGACCCUUGCUAUCGCCUCGGGUCUAUACUACCUGUCCGAGCUCGUCGAGGAGCACAGCGUUAUCGCGAAGCGGUUCCUGACGCGUCUUAUCUACAGCGUCAUUGGCAUUCAGACGGUUCUAUGGCUGGUUGAUGGUCUGCCCUUCUGGGCUACUGUCUUGACGAUCGUGUCGCAUGUGGUGUACCUGGGGAAUAUGAGACGCUUUCCUUUUGUGAAGUUGUCGGAUCCGUUGUUCCUGGCAUCAUGUGUUCUCGUUUUGGUCAAUCACUAUGUCUGGUUCCGUCAUUUCUCCGAUACGCAGUCGCGCGCGUACCAACGUACCUCGUACUACGACAAGGCCGAUGUUCCUAGCUUCGCGCAAAUCGCGUCGUAUUUUGGACUUUGUGUUUGGCUUGUGCCAUUCGCGCUGUUCGUUAGUCUGUCUGCUGGCGACAAUGUUCUCCCGACGAUGGGUACUGAGCCUGUCCAUGGGCUUGAUGGAAGAGGCAAGCCUCAAGGCAUGAUCAAGGCUCUUGUUGACCAAUUUCGUGGGACGAUCGGUCAAAUUUUUGGGACCACUUCACCUGGACUGGCUCGGCCGUAA